GAGAGAAUGCGGAAGAUUAGAACAGCGAGCUGUCGCGUCGUGCGUAAAACCGCGCAGAGGGGUUCCCCUUACCGACAGUCUGCACGGCGCUCAGAAGCUGCACCAUAGCAGGAGGCGGUUGAAGCCCGACCCGAACCCCGGAGCGGUACGAGGUUCAGACCAGGUGGACGACCAGAACCACAGCUGGCUGCGUUCCUGCUUUCUGGAAGUGAAAUGACCAGAUUUGACAGUUGAGCCCAAACCUGCUUCCCGCCUCGAUCUCAAAUGCUCAAAGAGAGCAAGAGAAAGUCCUCCGAGGACCUCGGGACCGAUGGAGGUCGUCCGGACCUACGAGCGCCCCGGAGGUGCCCCCAAACCUGCCAGGCUCCUACUGGGGGGUCCGCGGAGGUGAGGGCUGCGCCCCAGGUGCCGCAGGUCACCAUCACCCCGGAGGGGGGCGGCUCUUCCAGGGAGAUUCAACCCGAGGACUUGGACGAUGAGGUGGAGAGGUCGCUGUGCAGGAAGCUGUCCAACUCCUCCAUCUCCUCCACGGGGUCCUCAAAUGUGGACUCUGAGGAUGACGUUCUGAGUGACAACGAGAGCAAAAGCAAAGGCCUCAUCACCUUGGAACACCUGGACCCUGGAGAGAGCAGGUCUUGGUGGAAGCUGAAGACGUACGUCCGAUGGCCCUUCAACGCCUCCCAGAGAAAGAACUGGGUUCAGCUAGCUGGACAUAAAGGUAACUUCAAAGCAGCAGACAAAGGCCGCAUUCUAAAAAGGUUCUCAGAAAAUGAGAAGCAGUGUUUUGAGAAGCUGAGUGGCGACGUGCUGGUGCCGUUCGUGCCUGCUUACCACGGCGUGGUGGAGAAAGACGGAGAGUCCUUCCUGCAGCUGGACGACCUGCUGGCAAACUUUGAAAAUGCCAACGUGAUGGAUUGCAAGAUGGGAUUUAGGACGUACCUGGAGGAGGACAUUGUGCAAGCAAAGGAGCGACCCAGGCCGAGGGAAGAUCUCUACAAUAAGAUGGUGGAGGUGAACGAUCGAGGCCCAACUCCUGAGGAGCAUUCCCUAAAGGCCGUCACCAAAUAUCGCUACAUGAAGUGGAGGGAGGCAAUGAGCUCAACCAUGACACUGGGCUUCAGGAUAGAGGGGAUCAAGAAACAAGAUGGUACAUGUCAAACUGACUUCAAGAAAAUCAGAUUGGAGCAGCAAAUAAUCCAGCUGUUUAAGGACUUUGUCGGUGGAGACGUCAGCAUUAUAAAGUCCUAUUUGCUGAGACUGAAAGAUAUCCGGCAAGCUCUGAACACAUCAGAGUUCUUCAAGAAACACGAGGUCAUUGGCAGCUCUCUCCUCUUCAUCCACGACCACACUGGAAAGGCCCAGGUCUGGAUUAUUGACUUUGGAAGGACCACAGCAUUACCAGAGGGUAAGACUUUAAGUCAUGACAUUCCCUGGAAGGAAGGCAACCGGGAAGAUGGAUACCUACUGGGGCUGGAAAACCUUUAUCAACUGCUGGAGUCGAUAAGCAACGAAGGGACUAAAGAAGACACAUGCAGCCAAACUACAGAAACACGUAUUCUGUAAAUAACCGUAAA